GUUCGAUCGGGCCCUUUUCGUUUCUUAUAGACUAGCGUGUCCGUAAUUUUAUGUGGUAAUACUCUUGGCACCAUUCGGGGCUACAACCAUGCUUGUAUUGGUUAUGUUGCACCAGUUGAGCAGAUGUCAUCUAAUUUAAUACGUACUGUUAACAUAACAUCAUACGCAUAGUAGGCGAUGCAGGAUGUCACGCACACAUGUUUACCCAAGCCUUUUGCUGGUCUUCGCCUCGCUGAUUGCCCUUACAACUUCAGUAUCCAGUAGACGGUUGCUUGAAGCACAGGUUUCACAACAGCAGCAGCCUCAGUUUUAUGCGGAAGGAAGCUUCUCCUUCAAUGCCUCAUGCGAACAGGCAUACGCUCGCAAUCCAAAGGCUCGCCUGUCAGGCAGCUGCAGCAUCGGCUACACGAAGCCCUACGUGGGUCCAUUAAACACGUGGGAUGACAUCCGUGCCAUGCUUAAAGCACGGAGCCACAAGGGCGAGAUCAUCCUGGCUCAGGAGAGCCGCCCCGAGGCGGCAGCGCAGUGGCAGUGGCGGCUGCUGCGGAUGGGCUACGCGCACACGGUCGUGAUCGCGCGAGGGGAGGCGGCGUGCGCGGCGCUCAGGCAGCUCUUCGGCCCCCAUGCGGGCUGCGUCUGGUUCCCCCGCAGCAUCUACUACCCGCCGCCCUCCUCCUCCUCCUCCUCCUCCUCCUCCUCCUCCUCCUCCCAGCCCGCCCCCCUCUCCGCGGGCCAGGUGGCGCUGUUCCUGGAGGAGGCGGCCUUCUGGCGGCUGCAGCUGGCGGCCAUGGUGCUGAGGCUGGGGGGGCACAACGUCAUGGCUGUCGAGACGGACACGGUGGCGCUGGACGACUUCUACUGGUGGAUGCAGCAGCCCGACUACAAAGACUACAACCUGCUCAUCCAGCAAGACACCGCAGCCAUGGCCACCUCCUCCUCCCCCGCCGGCCCCCCCCGCCCCUGGUCUCUCCCCCUGGGCGGGGGGCUGCUGUACGCCCGCUCCGCCGCCCCCUCCGGACCCACCGCAUGGGCGCUGGCGGAGGCGGUAGCGCGCAACGUGCGUUGGCGGGAGCGGCCGCAGCUGCUGGAGGAGAGGAACAGCACGAUGCACUCCUGCUGGCACCGCGCCGCGCUGUCCGACGCGCUGUCCUCCUGCCUGGCGGGUCGGCCGCUGUUCGGGCGCUGCCUGGAGACUCGGCAGCUGGACCGCAGCUGGGGCAGCAGGGAGGAGGGCGGGCAGAAGGCCUUCCAGGCGGCUCAUGCCAGGUUGCUGGAGCCCGUGCUGCAGCUCAAGACCUACAGCACCGACCGCCCAGGCCCCCGCUGCCACACCUCCACCACCUCCCCCUCCUCCACCACCUCUUCCUCCAGCCAGCUGUGGGGCUGGGAGGGCUCUCUUGCUGUCCCCCGCUCGGGCGGGCAGUGGCCGGAGGAGCUGGGCGGGCGGGCG